GUGUCAUGAGAAGAAAAUACUCAAGUAAAUACCUCAAAUUUGUACUUAAGCACUUGAGCAAAUGUACGUAGUUACUUUCCACCAAUGAGUAAGCUUAUAUUGAUCUCACUGUAUGUUUAACUGCCACAGCACGUGGAAUAACGCAGCGAUGGAAGUGAUUCACACGUGGACCAGCUAUUAAACCCUGGACACGAGAGUCUUCGGUUUGAAGCGAACGCGAUGGAACGCCACCUGCGAAUUUUUACGGCGUCACACGCUGACGUCACGUUCUGUCGCCCUGCGUGGAACGCGGAGCGUGGCGUUACCAGGGCAACGUGUUGGGGUGACAAGUUGUCUUCUCCGGUGGCUGAGACGGCGCGCGCGCACACACACAAACCGUUACUCCGGUGUUUACGCUGCUAACGGAAGCCCCCGCGCGGCGAUUUAAAGCCAUAAAGGAAGUGUAUCGAGUCUGAUGGAGCGUUACGAGUCUCUGGGUCUGGUCGGGGAGGGCAGUUAUGGCUCCGUGCUGAAGUGCCGUCACCGAGACUCCGGCCGCCUCGUUGCCAUCAAGAAGUUCGUGGACUCGGACAAUGACAAGACGGUGAAGAAGAUCGCCCUGAGGGAGAUCAAGCUGCUGAGGCAACUGCGUCACGACAACCUGGUGAACCUUCUAGAAGCGUGGAAGCGUCGCCGCCGCUGGUAUCUGGUGUUCGAGUUCGUGGAGCGAACGCUUCUGGAUGAUUUGGAGCAAAACCCGAGCGGACUGGACCUGGACACCAGCCGGCAGUACCUGUACCAGAUCCUGAGGGCUGCAGCCUUCUGCCACCAGCAAAAUAUCAUCCACCGUGACAUCAAACCGGAGAACAUACUCAUCUCUCAGGGGGGCGUGGUUAAGCUGUGCGACUUUGGCUUUGCCCGGAUCAUGGCAUCGCCCGCUGAGGGUGGGGUCUAUACUGACUAUGUGGCCACUCGCUGGUACAGAGCCCCUGAACUGCUGGUGGGAGACACCAAGUAUAGCAAACCAGUAGAUGUGUGGGCUGUUGGUUGUCUGUUAAUAGAGAUGCUAACAGGUCAGCCUCUGUUUCCCGGAGACUCCGACCUCGACCAGAUAUACCACAUCGUCAGGUGCUUCGGUAACCUAACAGCUCAUCACCAGGAGUUGUUCUACAGGAACCCUGUCUUUUCUGGAGUCAGACUGCCAGAGUAUUCUGGCAGAGUCCGACUGGAGCAGCGCUUCCCUGCAAUCACACCCACCGCCCUGGACCUGGCACAGAGUUGUCUCCAGAUGGAUCCAGAAAGACGAGCUCAGUGUUCAGAACUGCUAGAACAUCCUCUGUUCGCACAAGACUCUUUCCACAUCAGGGUUUUGGACGAGCUGAAUGCCAAGAUCCAAAAAGACCACAGAGAAAACUCUACUCUUCCCAAAAUAGUCAAAACCCCAAGACGAGAAAAGGAUGAAGGGGAUGAGAAGAACCGGAGAGGCAAAGAUAAGAAACAACCUGAAGAUGUGAAUGAGAAAGUCAGCAAAGAAAAGGUGAGGAAGGGAGAAGAGAAGAUGGAGAAAACAAAAGGAAAGCAACCUUCAAAGCCAUCUAAAACCAUUCGAAACACCUCAGAACUUUUGAUGGCCACCAAACAAUCCAAAACAUUAGGUGCCAAGAUUAUCGAUAAUGCAGCAAAAACGAAUGCGGCCGUGAAAAGUAAACUGGGAAAAUCCACCGGUGCAGGACUGAGAAAGCAACUUGAGAUUUCUAGACCAACUAAAACUGUUACUUCUGAUUUUUCAGAAGGUACCAAGACUGCAAUAGAUCUGAAGAACAACUACACAGUGGUAGCUAAACCUAAAUAUGGGAAAGUUGCUUCUCCAGAGCCAAGUCAAGACCAUUUGAAAACUACAAAGAAUACAAAAGACAGAGAUUCUAGUGGCUUGCGUUCUAGUUGUUCAGACAACAUUGUGUCAAGUGUGAUUGAGAAAAGUGUAAUGGAGAUCAAAAAAGUGCCCAAAUUGUCUGAAAGCUCAACCACUGACCAUCCAAAUGGGAGUUCAUCUCCAGAAUCAACCACUGAUCGUACAGACACCCAAUCAACACCGAAAAUGGGUAAAAUCUCCACUCCAGAAUACCCUGAAGAUGCUUCAACAGUCGUAACUUCUAAAAUAUCAAAAGGUGACCAAGUAGAGACGAGCUUCACACUUAAACCAUCAUCUCAACCAUCAAGAAAUGACCCCAUUGAGGUUGCUACCCCAACUGUUCCUUCUGUCACCAAGCCAUGCAAGAAAACUACUUCAAAGCAUCAGACCGAUCCUUCAACGACGGACACAGAGCAAAGAAGGACCUCUGAAUGUCCAAAAGUCUUACUCUCAAACUCCAAUCCAGCUAAGACUACCUCAAACUGUGGCCCAAAAAUGACCAGAAACAACACGUCUUUGUCCACCAGCCCUUCAAAGAAUCUUACAACGCAGUCCUCCACAGUUUUUAUAGAGGCCAGUCCUGCCCACAGCACUACAACACUACCUAAAGGAACCUCAAAUUCAAAGUUGUUCAAAACUGACCCAUCUUCAGAUACUAAACCCACAAAUUACCCCACAUGUGCACCCAACAAAGCUUCGAGGGGCCUUCCAGCAGACAGGGAACUUACAGAAGUAUUGAUCACAACCAGAAAUCAGCAGGAUAGUUGUAGUAAUACUUCAAACAAGGACAUCAAUGAGGAUCAUGGAUGCUUGAAGAUGAGCCCACCGACCAAAACAGCUGCAAACCACAUUGAGAUAUCCAAUGCUUCAGGUGGAGAUUACAAGGAAUAUCCUGAAUCUUCUGAGCCCUCCACUGUCCAUCAGCAGAGCACUUCCAAAUCCAAGAUCACCACAGAAUCCAGAACAACCUCAACGCCGAAUGAAAUCCCUAAAACCACCACGUCAGUAGGGACCAAUAUUCCUAAAACAUUAAAAGUCUCAGAUAAAGAGAACAGAAAGGAUUUGGCGCUUUGUGUGUCCAUCAGUGCAACAACCAAUUCUUUAGUAAAUGAAAUCUCAAAGGUUUCUGGAAGCUCAAAUAUUGAGCAAAAGAACAGCAGCAGUGAAGCCGAACCUAACACAAAAUCCUUGAAACCCCCUCAUUCCAAAUCUUUGAUCGGAGAACCUAAAACAAAGCUUGGGUCUUUUAACAACCACGCCAAGUCCACCGCAACAGUGACCCUAAAGAGUCAGAAAACUACAUUUUCUACAGAGGCAAGAAAGAAAAGAGACAAUCCAGAAAGGAAUGACAUAAAUAUAUCCACAAACUCAGAUUCGACUUCAUUCACCUCUUCAGCGACUGCGGACCACAGAAGCUCCAUCUUUCACAACGUGGACGCAGCAGACGUUAAUGAGUUUGAUUUCAGUGUAUCCCAUUCCUCUCCUCCAUCCUCCACACCCCUCAUCCCCUCCUUCACUGUUGUCAGUACCAACAGCCCAGCCGCCAGCGAUCACCUUAGCCUGGGGGCGGGUUUCCAUCCUGGGACCCACAGCCUUAGGUGUGUAGACAAGACAAGGCUUCAUGGUGGCAGUUAUAGUCGACUGGCCCAACAAUCUCUGUCCAGCCACAUUACAAGAUCACUCACUGCACAGGCGUCAGAGAAGAGUCUGAUCUGCGAGCACUCCUUCCUGUCCGACCGCUGUAACCUUGGGAAAAACAUUACAGCGGCCAAAAAGAAGUCAGACAUCCAUUUCCCAGAUCUAAGAAGCUCGGUGCUGCCAGAGCUCAGAGGAAGAGCAGGCAAACACAACAAAGGCACUUCCAAGGAUCAGAGGAAAGACAAACAGUCACAUCCCUCCACCAAUCCUCCAUCAGAACCACAGCAGCACAAACACCAUAACUGAAGCCUCUUUCAGACACAAGUCUCUUUCCUCUUCAGCUUCACACGUUUGUAGAAAAAGCGACGCAGGAGGAGCUCAGAAAAAGUGUCGUGUAAACGCUGUUCAUUGUUUCUGCGCACGGGAAACAAGAAGCACCGCAGAAAGUGAGAGAGACGAAGAGCUGACAGCAGAAAGAGACACAAUUAACAAUCUGGACAAGUUCAAAGAAGAAACAGACGAGGAAACACACCAAGAGAUUCAAACGACGUUCUGAUCCAGACGCCAGGAAGGACGGAGGAAGACGGUCAGGGUCAAGAAGAGACAGAGACCAAACCAAUCAAUGAAAAAAGGAAAUGAUCCAAAUCCAGCGGAAAGAGAAACAGAAAGUGAUCUGAACAACGAAGACGACGAGACUCAGUCUGAGAGCGACAGCACAGAGCAGCUGAUGGGAGAAAGACAGAAGAAGAGGAGGAAAUAAAGUCAGGAGGAAUUUUGAAAAGUUUCUAGACAUGGAGGGGUGGACGAAGGAGGUAGAGCGAGUGAAAGUGCAGCCGGAAGGAGGCCGAGAGGAAGCGAGUGAACAGGAAGGAAGACAGGAUGGACCCUGAAAGAGAAAAGACGAAGCCGUCGAACUUCUUUUAGACACCACGAACCAUCUGGAGACGAAGAGACAAAUCUGGAGGGACUGAAGGAGACAGAGAGUUGACACUUAUUUAAAAAAAAUUAAAGGAUGUGGAGAGAAACUGGAAGAAGCAUCAGCCGGUCCAUUAAGAAGCAAGACAGACGGACACAGAAGACAAAGUUUAAAAGUCAGAAUGGGCCCCGUCGGUGUCGGUAUAUUACUGCACCUUUAUUACUGAUGCAUUAACAUGUAAAGUACUUUAAUGUUGGCUGAGAUGGAGCCAACUUUAAAAACACUUUGUAUACUUUUGGGGAGUUAAAAUCUACAACAGCAUCAUAUUUUAUAAAACUGAUCACGUGUUUUGUUUGUAAAAUCUUUAUUUGGAAAGUGACCAGUAACUAAAACUGUCAAAUAAAUGUAGUGGGGAAGUAUAAAGUUGCAUAAAAUGAAAAUACUCAUGUACUUCGUUACGUUGACAACUGUAUAUAUUAUUGGAUCAUUAUCACUGAAGCAUUAAUGCGUAAGCAGCAUUUUUGUUGUAGUUUGGUCGAGGUGGAGCUACUUUUAAAUACUUUUGCCGUGUAUAUAAGAAUAAUUUUUUUAAAUAAAUAUUCUACAACUUUG